GUGUCAGUGAUGGAGACCCCCACCCACAGCACGGUGCACCUGAGCGACUGGCAGAAAAGUUACUUUGCUGUUACCUCUGGCGCCUGCACACCCGGCCAGAAGGCAGACGAAUACCGUGCCAAAAUCCUGCGUAUUCAGUAUGCAUGGGCAAACUCCGAGAUCUCCCCGGUCUGUGCUGCCAAGCUGUUUAAAAAAUACGCAGAGAAAUACGCUGCGAUUAUUGACUCUGACAACAUAGAGACUGGCUUGAAUAACUAUGCUGAAAACAUUUUGACUUUGGCAAAGUGUCAGCAAAACGACAGUGACAAGUGGCAAUCUGCCUUGACAAGGGAUAAUGUGUUUGAAUUCAAGUGUGUGCAAGAGAGGAUGCAGGCUGGCAAGAGUUUCCAGCGCUCUCAGGUGGCGCCAACAGGCGCCUGCGUACUCGCUGAUAACGGGGUCAGCGCCUCUGCCGCUCCGGGGCUUCCUCAGCUCCGUAUCUUCAGCAGUGCCGGAGAGACGGAGCUCUGUGCUGGCUCAGCAAAAUGUGCAAGUCGGGGAGCAGAUCUCCUUGAGCAUCCCUCGUCUUCAAAGUGCCUUCGAAGCAGCGUGCCUCCUGCGACCAAAACUUCGGAUGCGCUUCCUGCCUCUUCAGCCUCCUUGAACGAACAGGUUCGUGCAGGUUUGCAGGCGACUCCGCUGUUUGGCAGCAAAGAAGCGGCGAGUCGUAGUUCUCUGACGACGUCGAGCAGCUGUCGCGAUGGGCAAAAUCUGCCUCUUUCCAGUCAGUCGGCUGCACCUGCGUGGUCCGCGAGCUCUGGAAAAAGAAAAGCGUUUUAUGGUCUGGCUGAGGAAGGCAGCGCGAGCGCGGUGGUUGCGAGCCUUGCUCCGUGCCAGGCUUCCAUUAGUACAGAAGCCGGUAGUUUUUCAGGGACCAGAAAGAGAAGUGAGGAGAGCAGUGUUCCUGGUUUCAGAACUGCAAGAGAACAGCUGUGGGUGGACCAGCAAAAGAAAUCUCAAAACCUCCCCCAGCGUGCCCCAGUCUCGUCCUACGGAGGUGUAAAAAAAUCCCUGGGCGCAGGCAGAUCUCGGGGCCCCUUUGGCAAGUUUGUUCCUCCGGUUCCAAAACAAGAGGGAAAUGAAAACGGAGGCGCCCAGUGUAAACCUCACGCAAGAGGACCGACGGAUCCGUCGCUGCCUGUAGACGAGCGACUGAAAAACAUAGAGCCCAAAAUGGUUGAACUGGUUAUGCACGAGAUCAUGGACCACGGGCCUCCUGUCAGCUGGGACGACAUUGCCGGAGUGGAAUUUGCUAAAGCCACCAUAAAAGAAAUAGUGGUCUGGCCUAUGCUGAGGCCAGACAUCUUCACUGGGUUACGUGGCCCUCCGAAAGGAAUUCUGCUCUUUGGCCCCCCUGGCACUGGCAAGACUCUCAUAGGCAAGUGCAUCGCGUGCCAGUCCGGAGCGACGUUUUUUAGCAUCAGCGCCUCUUCCCUGACUUCCAAGUGGGUAGGCGAGGGGGAAAAGAUGGUCCGUGCGCUGUUCGCCGUGGCGCGAUGUCAACAGCCAGCAGUGAUUUUUAUCGACGAAAUUGAUUCUCUGUUGUCUCAGCGCGGAGAUGGGGAGCACGAGUCGUCGAGAAGAAUCAAAACUGAAUUUCUGGUCCAGUUGGAUGGGGCAGCGACCUCCUCCGAAGAUCGUAUUCUAGUGGUUGGAGCAACAAAUCGACCCCAAGAAAUCGAUGAAGCUGCCCGGCGGAGGCUCGUGAAGAGGCUGUACAUUCCUCUUCCGGAAGCCUCAGCUAGGAAGCAGAUUGUCACCCGCCUGAUGUCAAAGGAGCACUGCUCUCUAAACGAAGAGGAAAUCGAGCUCAUAGUUAGGAAAUCGAACGGAUUUUCUGGGGCAGACAUGACACAGCUCUGUCGAGAAGCUUCCCUGGGCCCCAUCCGCAGCCUUCAGUCCACGGACAUUGCGACCAUCAUGCCAGAGCAAGUACGGCCCAUCGCUUUUCUGGACUUUGAGAGCGCCCUGAGAACCGUGCGGCCCAGCGUCUCCUCGAAGGACCUGGAGCUGUACGAAACGUGGAACCAGACGUUCGGCUGCGGCAGAUAGUCGCAU